AUGAAUGGACAGAUGAUGGAUAAAUAGACAAAUAGAUAGUUGGAUGGCUAGACUGAUGUGGAGAUGGAUGAAUGGAUAGAGAUAUGGAUUGCUAGAUGGGCAGAUAAACAGAUUGAUAUGAAUGGAUAAAUAGUUAAAUAGAUGGAUAGACUGAUGUGGAGAUGAUGGAUAGUUGGAUAAAUAGAAGGAUAGAUCGUUGGAUAGACAGAUUGAUGUGGAGAUGGAUGGUUGGAGAUAGACUGGAAGGAUGGAUGGAUAGUUGGAUAGAUAGACUGAUGUGGAGAUGGAUGGAGAUAUGGAUUGCUAGAUGGACAGAUUGAUAUGAAUAAAUAAAUAGUUGAAUGAAGAUGGAUGGAUGGAUAGAUUGAUGUAGGGAUGGAUGGAUAGUUGCUUAGAUGGAUAGAUAGGCUGAUGCAUAUACAGAUGAAUGGAGUUAUAGAUUGAUAGAUGAAUGGAUAGAUGGAUAUGGAUGGACAGACAGAUAAAUUGAUGUAGACAUAGAUUUAUAGAUGGAUAGAUAAACUGGUGUAUAGAUAGAGAGAUAGUGAACAGUGCUUCCAUUCAUCUCAUUCAUGAUGUGUCUGGCAGUGAGUGGAUUCUGGCAGAACUCCAGUGAGCAUCUGGAAUGACAUCGAUCUGUCAGAAGAAAUGAGCAACAGUGAUGAGUGUGUAAAUGUGCCGCAUACAUACGCCGUCAUGGACGUUAGAUUAGGGUGGAAACUCAGUGUCGUGACCCUCAGGCAUCUGAAUGACGCACUAAAUCUGAGAUCCUGCCAGGACGUGUGAUUUAUUGCGCUGCAGUACCUGCUUGUAAAGGAGCCGUGACCAAACGCAAGCUUAAAUAUUCUCACCUGACUCACACCUACAACACACAAAGAGCUGCAGGUAAGACACUAUCAAUGGAUCUUUCUAUAAACAUAUCUCAAGCAAAAUUAAAUAACACGCUUUCUGAUUUUUCUCAGAUCUUUUCACAUGGAGGGGCUCGUCAUUGUAUUGUUAUUGCUGUGUUUUAAUAGUUCAGUCGGGUUCAUUAGUGCUCAGACCACAGACAAACCUCCAGAUGAUGCAAAGAAUAUCUCAUGGAAACCACUGAAUGGCACGGCAAACAAAACCCCGAUGUGCUCUGGACCAGCACGGAUCAAAGACACCUUCAAGUACAUCAACACUGUCGUCUCAUGUUUUGUAUUCCUGUUCGGGAUGGUUGGAAACGUGACUCUCCUGAGAAUAAUCAAAGAACACAAAUGCAUGAGAAACGGACCCAACAUUCUCAUCGGCAGUCUGGCUUUAGGCGACAUUUUGCACAUCUUGAUUGGUAUACCUAUCAAUGUUUAUAAGCUGUUGGCGGUGGACUGGCCAUUUGGAGUCCUGCUGUGCAAACUGGUGCCGUUCAUUCAGAAAACAUCUGUUGGGAUAACAGUAUUGAGCCUGUGCGCUUUGAGCAUAGACAGGUAUCGAGUCGUUGCAUCCAGGAGUCGUAUCAAAGGUCUCGGUUUUCCCAAGUGGACGGCUAUCAAACUGUCUUUAAUAUGGACGAUAUCAACAUUACUGGCUGUUCCGGAGGCCGUUGCGUUUGAUUUGAUUACUAUGGAUUACAGAGGCGAGCAUCUGAGGAUAUGUCUUCUUCAUCCUGUACAGUCCACUCCAUUUAUGAAGUUUUAUAAAAUGGCCAAAGACUGGUGGCUCUUUGGGUUUUAUUUCAUCGCGCCGCUGGCGUGCAUCGCCGUCUUUUACUCGCUGAUGACCUGGAGGAUCUUAAGCGGAAGCGUUAAGAAGUUGGACAAACACAUAAAGCAGAGACAUGAAGUGGCCUGGACGGUUUUCUGUCUGGUUCUUGUGUUUGCAGUUUGCUGGUUUCCUCUUCACCUCAGCAGGAUCCUCAAAUUAACCAUCUAUGAUGAACACGACCCCAACAGAUGCAAAUUACUGAGCACAUUUCUUGUUCUCGACUACAUCGGCCUUAACAUGGCAUCUGUGAACUCGUGCAUCAACCCAAUGGCUCUGUAUGUGGUCAGCAAAAGAUUCAAAAACUACUUCAAGGCCACUCUCGCCGCCGGUUGUUGUCGCUCAUCCAAACCCGUCCUCGUUCACGAAGAGAAGCAAAAUUUCAUGAGGUCAAAGGUCACGGAGCCGCCGUCUGACAACAGCAACUCCGGCAAACAGGAGUCGGCAUCUGGUGACGAUGAGAGAAAAACGUUUCUUCAGAAAUUCGCUUGUCUUAAAACGUGAAAUCAGCUUCUGAUCUUGUAUAUUUACUCUGGUUUGUUUUUGUAAAUACAAUAUGAAUAAAAACCUGUUAACGUUGCAUUUAAUAAG